UUCAGAUCAUAUGACAAAGACCCGGAAGAGCAAAUAAUUCGCAAGAUGUCGCAACACGGAAUUACGAGCUAUUGAGUUCCUAUCUUUUUUUUUGGUCCAUAAAUAAAAACACAGAAUGCAAAAUCACGAGAAGACAGCCGUGGGCUCCAUGCCUGCAACCGCGCCUGAUUUCAGAGGGAAUGACGGUUCUCUUGUCUCUGUGCUCAAGACACUCUUGUUUUUCACUCUUCUGAUGAUAACUCUACCCAUCGGACUGUAUUUUGCAUCAAAGUCUUUUCUCUUUGAAGCCUCUCUGGGUUACUCCAGCAAUGACAGCUACUUCUACGCUGCCAUUGUUGCUGUGCUUGCCGUCCACGUGGUUCUGGCACUCUUUGUUUAUGUUGCAUGGAAUGAGGGAUCACACCAAUGGAGAGAGGGAAAGCAGGAUUAAGCAAGACUGAAAACUACAGAGAGAGAUGGAAACACACACGACGACACUCUGUCUCAUUCAUUCCUGAACCAGAAUAUCAUAAUGGAGUGACACCAUCUCUGUGUGUGUUUACUUUUCUCCUGAAUAUCUCAGCCAGUUAGAGAGAAGAUGCCUGAUUUCUUCUUCAUCUCAUGGAAUGGUCGAGGUCGUCUUUUGGUCUGGCUGGAGGUUGUGUCAAUCUGUGUUUUUGUGCAGAGAAGAUACACUGUUCUCAUGAAAGUUCAUUGUUCCUGUAAUGUCAUAUCCUGACCCAUUUCAGUCUAUUCGAUAGAUAAAUCCGACUCUGAAUCAACUGAUUUCAAGCUGUUGUAUUCAAACAUUAGGCUUUCUGUGUAAUUUCAUCGUCUUCCCUUAUAUUUUCACACAAACAUACAGCGAUCAUGUAGACAGUUGGUUGUUUAAAACUAGUUUGUGUCUGUGUGAUUAAGUCAAAAAUAAUUCCAAGAUGGAUCAUUUCAUGUUGUUUUAUUUAUCAAUUAAAGCUGUUCUCUGGAACUUAAA